AAGUACGCCUUCCUCCCGGGCCUGCUCGGAGGAAGUGCUGGGGUACCAUAGGGCGGGGUAGGGGCAUCCGCGGUCGCCAUGGCCACCGAGCCCGCGGCCGCGGAAGGUACUGUGCCGUCGCUCGUGGAUCGUUACUUCACUCGCUGGUACAAAGCCGAUGUCAAAGGCAAACCCUGUGAGGACCACUGUAUACUACAGCACUCCAACCGAAUAUGUGUCAUCACAUUGGCAGAAUCUCAUCCAGUUCUUCAAAGUGGAAAGACAAUUAAAAGCAUCUCCUAUCAAAUCAGUACCAACUGUAGCCGACUUCAGAACAAGGUCUCUGGGAAAUUUAAACGGGGGGCACAGUUUCUAACAGAGCUUGCACCUCUGUGUAAGAUUUACUGCUCCGAUGGAGAAGAAUACACCGUUUCUAGCUGUGUUAGAGGACGGUUGAUGGAAGUGAAUGAAAACAUUCUCCAUAAGCCAUCUAUUCUUCAAGAGAAGCCAUCCACCGAAGGCUACAUUGCGGUUGUGUUGCCCAAAUUUGAAGAAAGUAAAAGCAUAACGGAAGGGUUACUGACACAGAAACAGUAUGAAGAGGUUCUGGUGAAGCGCACGAAUGCCCCGACAGCCACAUCAUGAGGACUGCCGCGGGGAACGAGUACCACGGCCCGCUUCCCCCGCCCUGCCUCCGCGAUCCCUGCGCUAGAGAAGAACCAGCACAAGGGACGCGGGCGUCACGCCCGCCAUCCGCAGAGAGCCCGGAUGGUCCCGCUUCACCUAGUUUCCCCUCUUCGUCUUGCAUAACAAGUCUUGGUUCCCAUUUUGUACUCGCCUCCCAGAUCCUCCCUGCCCACAUACCCACUCUGUUCUUUUGCUUUUCUAAAACUGGCAAGCAAAGGAUGUUUUUGAUUAAAAACAAAGCACUUUGAGGAAACUUUGGACAAGACAGAAAAGUUUUAAGUAGCAAAGUAAAAAUAAUUUACCCAUCAUCCUGUAAUCCAUUGGUAAAUAUUACAUUUUGACGUGCUUCGGUUUGAAUGUUACGGCACGGUUAUCGUUUUUUGCCUCAAUUUUCCCUUAGUUUGAAGUUAAAAAAAAAAAAAAAUCAGGUCUUUUUUUACCCAGUCUGCUUCCGAGUGAUGCUACCAAAAAGGCCAGUGCCACUUCUGCUGCCCCAGCUCUUGUCCCCUUAAGUCGCAGGGGAGAGGCAGAGGAUACUUGCCCGCUCCUUGUGCGGUUCAGAUGGCCUUUCUCUCUGAAAUGAAGUCCAGGGUAACACUGUGGCUUCUUAAAUCAGGGAAACCGGAAAAGGCUUUGAAAACUACAAAGGGCUUUCCCAGCAUGGAAGUAUUCUGAUGCGGUGUAAGGCUGCUAAUUACAGCAUAUACAGUGUAGCCGCUCAGCCUCAACACUCUUGCUAUGGGGCAGCCAGCCCAGAAGUUAAGGACAAGUCGCCAUCAUCCAAAGAUAUAGAUGCCUUUGAAUGGAACAAAAACUUUCAUGUCAUCUAAACUGAAAACGGAACUGAUUUAUAAGAUUGUCUACUCAUUUACACUGAAUUUCAAAUAAAAGGGCUUUUUUAAAUUGUUAUUUUUUUCCGUAAAGGCUGCAACACGUGUACAUUUAAAUAUCUGUGUAAAUAAAGCAGAAGAUGUAAUUUAAUACAGAAGAAAUAACUUUACCUGUACAUUCCUUUGGUUCUCUAUCCUCUUAUGCUGUUGAAGUCAUAAGGCAUUCCUUCCCUUCCCCACUUAAAUAAGAGAAUAUUCUCAUUUCAGGUAUUUAAAAGUAUUUUGUAAAUAAAAUCCAAAAGUUAUUUGUGACUCAAAAAAACUUCUUGUAACUUGAAUGCCAGUGUGACAGUCCCUUAAAUACACCCACAAGACAUAAUACAGGCAGUAGCUCCACAGACACCUACACUGAUGAGCUGUGAGCUGGAAACAAGCACAAACCAGCACAUCCCCAUUUUGUGUAGCGUAACGAUUCCUGAAGACCUCAGAAAACCAAGAUGUUAAAGAUACUAAAAGAAAUAGAAAUACCACAUUCUCCCAUAUUCCUACUGUGUGAUUUUAAAGAAUAUUUUGGUUUCCAGGAAUAAAAAUCAGACGAUAAUUUUUUUUUUUUAAAUACUUUAUUUACAAAGACCGAAAGCAAGAGAGAUCACAGAGGCAGAGGGAGAAAUAGACUCACCACCAAGCAGAGAGCCUGAUGUGGGGCGUGAUCCCAGGACACUGGGAUCAUGACCUGAGCCAAAGGCACACACUUAACCAACUGAGCCACCCAGGCGCCCAUGCCUGGUAAUUUUUAUAAAAGAAGUAUUUUGUAAAAGUCAUUAGGCCAAGUGUAUCCCAUUUUCUCAUGAAGGCUUACAGUAGGUUCAAGUUUCCUUCAAUAAAAUAUUGACUAGUUAA